AUCUGCUCCCUACCAAGAGAUCUGCUCCCUACCUACAGCCCUGCACCCUUUCCAGGAGAUCUAAUUCCCCCCCACCUAGGGAUCUGCUCCCUACCUACACCCUACCAGGAGAUCUGAUCUCCACCAAGAGAUCUGCUCCCUACCUACAGCCCUGCACUCCUACCAGGAGAUCUGAGCCCCCCCCCCCCCCCCCAACCAAGACAUCUGCACCCUACCAGGAGAUCUGAUUCCCCCCACCAAGAGAUCUGCUCCCUACCUACAGCCCUGCACCCCUACCAGAAGAUCUGACCCCCCUACAGAUAUACCUACCGGUAUAUCUGAUUCCCCCACCAAGAGAUCUGCUCCCUACUUACAGCCUUGUUUACAAAUCUGCUCCCCUACAGACAGAUCUAUAGCUCUACAGACAGCCCUGCACCCCUACCAAGAGAGCCUCUCUACCGACAGCCUCAAAUCCUUACUGACAUAUCUGCACCCCUACCAAGAGAUCUGCCCUCCUACCAACAGAUCAGUCCCCCUACCAACAGCCCUACAUACAGAUCUGCACCCCCUAUACCGACUGUCCUGCACCCCUAUCAAGAGAUCUGCCCCACUACUGACAGAUCUGCAACCCUACAUACAGAUCUGCCCCCUAUACUGAGAGAUCUGCCCCCUGACAGGUCUAAUUUUCUAUCUACAGAUCUGCACCCCUACCCACCAUAUAUGCACCCCUACUGACAGAUCUGCACCCCUACUUCUAGCUUUAUACCAGGCCUGACUGUUUUGUACCCUUAGUGACUAUUCCCCUAUCUACAGCACUGAACCCCUCCUUACCAAGCACUGCGCACUGACAGCUCCGCACCCCCAGGGCACUUACUGCAUACAGCACUGCCUGCCUCUCUACCUGGAACCCAACUAUGUCCUGCCAUCACAUUGCCCAGCAGCACUAACCUCCUCCAAGGACCCCCCAAGACCUGCACUGUCCUACCCACAGGGCACCCAACAACCCCAGAAGACUCUUGGUGUGGAUGGGACCUUGCUAGCUGCACCCACCACUAUUCAGAGCUGCUGUUUACUAUGAGUUGGCACUGACAGCAGAUCAGAAGGAUGGCAUCACACGGGAAACCAAGGAGAGAGAGGACUGCAGACUAUGAGAGUCAGAUUAAAGAGAUUCGCGGCCAGCUGACCGAGCAAGUGAAAUGUUUGGACGCACAGGUGGAUUUCCGCCAGCAGUUGCUGCAGGACAUGAGCGAGUUCUUGCGCAGGAAAGCCGAGAUUAAUUUGGAAUAUUCCCGAAGCUUGGAGAAACUAAGCGACCGCUUCUCUGCCAAAAUCCGCAACUCUAAGGAGCACCAUGGUUUCAGGAAGGAACAACAGCAUCUUUUGUCCCCUGUGAAUUGCUUGUAUAUGAUUCUAAACCACACGCGUCAGGAGAGUCGGGACUAUGCAGCACUCAAUGAUGUUUACACCACACACCUCAUCCCCCGGCUGGCACAUAUCGGAGAGGACCUAACCCGUCUCACCAAAAAGAGUAAAGAUAUUGGGGCUCAGCAGCAGGAAGAUCUGAUGAAGCUGAUGUCCGAGCUGCAAGGGGCAGUGAAGACCUACCAGCUAUACCACAACGACUGUCUGAACUCUGAGCACAAACUGAGGGAGGCCGAGAAGCAAGAAGAAAAGCGCACAGGCAAAGUGAGCGAGCAGACCGCAAGCUCACCAGUAGCCGAGAGGGGGCCGAGGCGCAGUUCCCUAAAGAAGACUGAGAGGCUUGUAGAGAAGAGGUUGAAAAAGUACCUGGAAAACAGUCAAAAAUGCACAAAAGCCCGGAAUGAAUAUCUUAUCAACUUGAACACCGUGAACUCCAAUCUCAAUAAUUACUAUAUCCAUGACAUUAGUGACCUUAUCGACUGCUGUGACCUUGGCUUUCACCUGGGUAUGGGAAAGACACUGCGUGUGUAUCUGCAGGCUGAAGAUCGAGUGCAAACUUCUCGGCAGCAAGGCCUUCAGGCUGUAGAAGGGGCUGUGGACAACUUGGAUGCACAGGCAGACAAGAACAAGUUGAUGGAAAUGCGCAGUGAUGCAUUCUGUCCCCCAGCACGAUUUGAAUUUCAGCCCCAUGAGGGGGAUGAGGUAACCGAGGUUCGAUCUGAGCCAUUGUUCCACCAAGAGUUAGUCAGUCGGUUCCGGCACAUUCAGUCCAGACUGGAAAAUGAGAAUCUGGAAACAGAAGAGGUGAAUAAGACCCUUAAAGCUACUCUGCAGUCUCUGCUAGAUCUUAUCGGAUCCGAUGACUAUGACCUAUCAGAUGCGUUCCAGUCCAGCCAGUCUACAGAAUCUCUUAAAUCCACUGGAUCAGACACAAGCAGUAAGACAAGCACAGCUAAGAGAAGAGCCAACCAGCAGGACACAGAGACCUUCUAUGUUUCGAAGCUACAAAAGUAUGUGGCCGGGAGAAGCACCAUUUGCAAAUUACAGGCAAAGCGUGACACACUUAAAGAGGCAAUAGCCAAAGCAGCUGAAUCGCACAGUAAAAUCUCUGGGCUGCAGUCCAAUACCAGUAAAUCACAGAGGGCGAAAAGGCAGCGACCGUCAUCCCAAUAUAACUACAAACUGUUUAACGGGGAUUUGGAGGAGUUUGUGAAGAGCUCAGGAGAGGCCAUUCCACGGGUCGUGUCCAGCUGCAUCCGCUUCAUAAAUUUGCACGGCUUACAGCACGAAGGUAUUUUCCGCGUCCCAGGAUCCCAAGGCCAGGUUAAUGAGAUCCGCAGUGCCUUCGAGAGAGGAGAGGACCCGCUGGACUCCAGCUACACUGGAAACGAUGUGGAUUCUGUAGCCGGGGUUCUCAAAUUGUACUUCAGAGGCCUGGAAAAGCCACUGUUUCCUAAUGAAAUGUUUCAUGAUCUGCUGUGCAGUCUCCAGCUGGAGACACAAGAUAGAGUAAUUCCCCUAAAGAAGCUGGUGCUACAGCUGCCCAUCACUGUCACACUUGUACUACGAUACCUCUUUGCCUUUCUAAACCAUUUGUCACAAUACAGUGAUGAGAACAUGAUGGACCCCUAUAACCUGGCCGUGUGCUUUGGCCCUACGUUGGUUUCUAUCCCCGAGGGGGAGGAUCCAGUAUCCGUUCAGGCUCACGUUAAUGAAGUUGUAAAGACAAUUAUUAUUUAUCAAGAACGGAUAUUCCCAGGGCAAGCAGAACUGGAGGGUCCCGUGUAUGAGAAAUGUAUGACGGUGGAAGAGGAUGAAGAAUACUGCGACGCAUUAGCCCUGGAAGUCACCAUUGAAGAAAGUGACCAGGAGAUGCACCAAGAAAUGGGUGUCAGUGAGGACGAAUUGGACACAGUGGAGGCCACAGCAAAGUUUGACUAUUUAGCCCGGACGCCGCAGGAACUGUCUUUCAAGAAGGGGGACACAAUCCUACUUCACUGCAAAGCAUCCGGGGACUGGUGGAAAGGGGAAUUAUCAGGGAUGCGGGGAUUAGUCCCUCACAAAUACCUCAAUAUUCCUGAAGGAGCAGAGAAAAAACUAGAACAGCGCGCACUGAGGAAGGAGGCGGACGCAGGAACCGCUCUUACCCCUGAUGAUAUUUUGGUUGAGCCCAGCAGGGUUCGUGUAAACUCUGACAGCGCCUGCUCUCCUAGAAAACGCAGUGAGGGGAGUCCCAUCAGGAAGCUCAACUCUCCGUUCAUGGAGGGGCCCCGACUUCCGUUUCCAAUGGCUCACGCUGGACCAAGACUUCUAGGUCAUAUUGAAAGCCCCUUCCCGCUGCCACCUCGCGCCCCUUUAGGAGGACCUAAAUGCCGGUUACCUGUAGAGAGGAGGAACCUGAUCGACACCACACCAAAGGGGGCAUCUGCAAUUAAAACUUGGCAAAGUGAACGGCAAAGCAUAGAAGUAGACAAGGAUGUGACAAAGAACAUGAACAAUGUUUUCCGAGAACUGCUGGGUAAAACUGCUAUGAAGCAGGGUGGACUGGAAGAAGCAAUGGAAGUGGCCAAAGCAGCGAAGUCAAAUAAACCCAAUGCGCCAAGCAGUUGCGAGACCGUCCGCGGGAGCCCGGCAGGGAAAAAAGGUCCUCAGGGUAGAACAGUUUUCGGGGCCAGAAGAUGAAUUCAUGACCUUGAGAGGAGAAGAAGAAGAACAAAGCUGGAUCAUCUCUGGUACCUUCGUUCACGUUCAUCUCGUUCACAAGCUUAAGGCCCACAAAGCUGCGUAGGCCAGGGGGGUGUGCUAAGCAUUGAAGAACGAAGGACGUUCCUCUAACCUUUCCCCUAAAAGCUCUCCCGCACAGCAUUUGUUACUUUGUAUCCGUGUUUGUUACCGUCAUAAACAAAAGCACAGACAUAUAAAGCCAAGUGGAGCUCCUCUCCCACCCCACCCCCUCCUCAAGAGAACCAGCACAGGCCUCUGCCCAGCCAAUGGAGGAGCGAAGGGAAUAAAAGCUCUGACAUAUAUAGACUUUAUUGGUUGCUAAAAGCAGCAGUGGCACCUACCCAAGUCCACAUAAUUCAUUUUUAUCCCACUGGUAUUUAGGUCUACAGACAACUGGGCCAGAUCCUCUUCAGCUACAUUUUCGAUGCAGAAUGAAAACCAGCAUGGUGCCCAUCUGCAGAAGCACAACCAAUGUCACCACUGUAGAUCCCUGUUCUGUUAUACAGAUCAUCCUGUUAGCCAGCAUCGUAGCCCCCAUAUCUGACAUAUGGGAAGAAACAAACUACGCAGUAAUCCCUAACUGUGCUUGCGGCACGAGCAAAAUAUACUUUGGGCGAAGAAAACAUUUUCUUACACGUGAAACAGCCUUCCAUUUUUUUUUUUU